AUGUCCCUCACUAAAACACUCCAUUGUUACCAUUUCAUCAAAACAUUUUCUGCUAAAACAUCAUCAACCUCUUCACCAACUUCAUCUACUUGGAGAAUCCAAGCCCAAGAACGCCAACUUAUCUCACAAAUCUCCUCCAUUCUUCUUCAAAGACACAACUGGCAAUCUCUUCUCAAAACCCUUUAUCUUUCUCCUAAAUUAACCCCACCAAUCUUCCUUCAAAUCCUUCACAAAACCCAGGAAAACCCCCAAAUUUCCCUCAAUUUCUUCAAUUGGGCAAAAUCCAAUCUUGUUGGGUUCCAACCAGACCUCAAAAUCCACUGCAAAAUCUUCCAGAUUUUAAUCGGGUCGGGUCAAACUCACCCAAUUAAACCCAUUUUGGAUUCGUUCAUUGGGGUGAACCCACCAACCCAAGUUGUGCGCUCUAUGAUUCAAGCUUGUAAAGGUACAAACUUGCGACCUCUUGCUUUUAGUUCAAUUAUAGAGUGCUAUGCUCAAAAGGGUUUCUAUUUUGAUGGCUUAAAAGUGUAUAGAGAAAUUAUAUCAUAUGGUUAUUUGCCUAAAACUAGUUGUGUGAAUGUUGUGCUUGAUGUUUUAGACCAUGCUAGUGAGUAUAAAUUAGCUUAUUGUUUGUAUGGUUCAAUGAUUCGAAAUGGGAUUGUGCCAAAUGCGAGUACUUGGACUGUUAUUGCUAGGAUUCUUUGUAAGAAUGGGAAAUUUGAGAAUGUUGUUAGGCUAUUGGAUUCAGGUGUUUGUAAUUCGGCUGUUUUCGAUUUAGUGAUUGAUGGUUAUAGCAGAAUUGGUAACUUUGAAGCUGCAAUUGAUCAAGUAAAUGAGAUGUGUGAAAGAAAUUUUGAGCCUGGUUUUUGCACCUAUGGCUCUAUUCUUGAUGGAGCUUGUAAAUUUUGGAAUUCUAAUGUUAUAGACACGGUUAUGUGCGCUAUGAGAGAGAGGGCAUUGCUUCCUAAGUAUCUGUCGUCGAAGUAUGAUGAUGUUAUUAGGAAAUUUUGUGAAGUGGGAAAAUCAUAUGCUGCUGAAUUUUUGUUCAAUAAAGCACGGGAUGAGGGAGUUGGACUGGAAAAUGCAACAUUUGAAUGUAUGCUUAGAGCAUUUUGCAAAGGAGGGAGAGUAGAUGAACUAAUAGGGUUGUAUCAGAUAAUUUCAAAGGAGAAAGUUGUGAUGUAUAAAAGUUGUUAUGAAGAAUUGGUUGAAAGUCUUUGCAAGGGAACUCCAUCAGAAAAGGUGAACCAAUUGUUGAUACAUUUAAUCGUGAAAGGGUUUAGCCCUUCUGUAUCAGGAAUUUCCAAGUUUAUGAUGAAGCUGGGCGGGGAAGAAAAUUGGAAAGAUAUAGAAGCCCUACUGAAUAUAAUGUUACAAGCAGAUAUAUUACCUGAUUCUGUUUGUUGUCGCUUAUUAGUAAAGCAUUACUGCUCUUCAGGUCAGAUUGAAUCGGCACUGUUGUUGCAUAAUAAGCUGGAUAAAUCUGAGAUAUUAUGGGAUGUCACAACUUAUAAUAUACUUCUUCGUAAACUGCUUACAGAAGAUAGGGUUGACGAAGCCUUCAAAAUAUUUGAAUGCAUGAGAAGUAAUAAUGUGGUGAACAGAGCAAGCUUUUUAGUUAUGAUUAGUGGAUUGUCUCAAGUAAAGGAUAUGAGAAAGGCUAUGCAAGUUCAUGAUGACAUGUUGAAAAUGGGGCUCAAGCCAAGUUCAAAAACUUACAAAAGCUUGAUAUCUGUUUUUAGAUAA